AUGGAUGGAACAAUUGGCCCUGGCAGCUCAAGAAAAUGUUGGCAUUAUAUUCCUGACGAUUGUGAAGAAAUUUUUACUGGAAAUGUUUGCUGUCCUGAAUUAAGAUGCAAUUCAACAACGGAAGCUGGUGAAGAUCCGAAUUGUAUUUAUGAAGGAAGAGAAUAUGGGGCUGAUGAAUAUGUAUACAGUCGAUAUAUGGAUGGAGAAUGUUGGAGCUAUUAUUGUAUGGGUUUAACAAUAAGCUUUGGGGGCUUCAGAAAAUGUUGGCAUUAUAUUCCUGACGAUUGUGAAGAGAUUUUUACUGGGGCUUGCUGUCCUGAAUUAAAAUGCAAUUCAACAACGGAAGCUGGUGAAGAGGUUCCUUUAUCUUGUUUGUUUAAAGGAGCUACGUUUUACAAUAAUGAAUUCAUCGAAUUUUUUUACGCUGGUAUGCUGUGUGUUGAUGUCUUCUGCGAAGAAGGAAAAGUUGUCGAAACUCAAUAUGUAGACGCCUGUAAUUACGGAAGUUCAUCCAAUGAAAUAGAAUUUUGUUCACGGAAUACUACCCAGAAAGGUUGUUGUGGCAUGGUGGUAGAAUGCACUAUAACAGAAGAAACUGAAUCAGAGGAGUCGGAAUCACCAGAAACACCUGAGCCACAAUCACCAGAAACACCAGAAACAUUCGAACCAGAAGAAACACCAGAAUCAUUCGAACCAGAAGAAACACCUGAGCCACAAUCACCAGAAACACCUGAGCCUCAAUCACCAGAAACCCCAGAACCAUUCGAACCAGAAGAAACACCAGAACCAGAGACACCAGAACCGGAAUCAUCAACAGAAAGGAACCUCGAAAAUUCUCCUUUUUAUCAAAUUCUCCAAAAUUCUUUCGCAGCUGUUCUCAACCAAAUCCAGUUUAUUUUGGAAAGAUUUGCAUCCAUGCUUAGUUAUUUCCAAGCUUUUUAAACAAAAAAUUCACUCUAUGAUUUUCAGAAAUGACUUUCUUAAAGAAUAUUUCAUUAUGAUAUUCUUAGAAAUGAAUUACGCAUUUUGUUUUUGUGGAAA